GGGGUGGGCGGUGCGGGGCGGCGGGCGCACGGCGCGGGGCUGGGCGCACGUCGAGGGCUGCGGCCACCGCUCAGGGCACGGCCACCGGCUGCGGGCCGCGAUCAAGGUGGCCACACAGAGGUCGCGCUGUCGGGAGGGCUGAGCCACAGGGCCUGCAAAGAUGCUAGCUGUCCCGGAGCUGGGCGUGCAGGGACUGUACAUCGGCUCCAGCCCAGAGCGGUCCCCCGUUCCCAGCCCACCCGGCUCCCCAAGGACCCAGGAGAGCUGUGGCAUUGCCCCUCUCACACCCUCGCAGUCUCCAAAGCCUGAGGCCCGAGCCCCUCAGCAGGCCCCAUUCUCCGUGGUAGUGGCCAUCGACUUCGGCACCACAUCCAGUGGCUAUGCCUUCAGCUUUGCCAGUGACCCCGAGGCCAUCCACAUGAUGAGGAAAUGGGAGGGCGGGGACCCAGGUGUGGCCCACCAGAAGACGCCCACCUGCCUGCUGCUGACUCCGGAGGGCGCCUUUCACAGCUUUGGCUACACCGCCCGCGAUUACUACCACGAUCUAGACCCUGAGGAGGCGCGGGACUGGCUCUACUUCGAGAAGUUCAAGAUGAAAAUCCACAGCGCCACUGAUCUCACCUUGAAGACCCAGCUGGAGGCAGUAAAUGGAAAGAAAAUGCCUGCCCUGGAGGUGUUCGCCCAUGCCCUGCGCUUCUUCAAGGAGCAUGCGCUUCAGGAGCUGAGGGAGCAAUGCCCAUCGCUGCCAGAAAAGGACACUGUGCGCUGGGUAUUGACGGUGCCUGCCAUCUGGAAACAGCCCGCCAAACAGUUCAUGCGGGAGGCUGCCUACCUGGCUGGCCUGGUGUCUAGAGCGAAUGCAGAGCAACUACUCAUCGCCCUGGAGCCUGAGGCCGCCUCUGUCUACUGCCGCAAGCUGCGUCUGCACCAGCUCCUAGACCUGAGCAGCAGGGCCCCAGGCAGGGGGCGCCUGGGUGGGCGCCGCUCCAUUGACUCCAGCUUCCGGCAAGCCCGUGAGCAGCUGCGAAAGUCCCGCCACAGCCGCACGUUCCUGGUGGAGUCCGGGGUCGGAGAGUUGUGGGCAGAGAUGCAAGCAGGAGACCGCUACGUGGUGGCCGACUGUGGCGGGGGCACAGUAGACUUGACGGUGCACCAGCUGGAACAGCCCCAUGGCACCCUCAAGGAACUCUACAAGGCGUCUGGCGGCCCCUAUGGCGCGGUGGGCGUGGAUCUGGCCUUCGAGCAGCUUCUGGGCCGCAUCUUCGGUGAGGACUUCAUUGCCACCUUCAAAAGGCAACGGCCAGCAGCCUGGGUGGAUCUAACCAUCGCCUUCGAGGCCCGCAAACGCACUGCAGGCCCGCACCGUGCCGGGGCGCUCAACAUCUCACUGCCUUUCUCCUUCAUCGACUUCUACCGCAAACAGCGAGGCCACAACGUGGAGACUGCCCUGCGCAGGAGCAGCGUGAACUUCGUGAAGUGGUCCUCACAGGGGAUGCUCAGGAUGUCUUGCGAGGCCAUGAAUGAGCUCUUUCAGCCCACAGUCAGCGGGAUCAUCCAGCACAUAGAGGCACUGCUGUCUCGGCCGGAGGUACAAGGCGUGAAGCUACUGUUCCUGGUGGGCGGCUUUGCCGAGUCAGCGGUGCUGCAGCACGCGGUGCAGACGGCGCUGGGUCCCCGCGGCCUGCGCGUGGUGGUCCCGCACGACGUGGGCCUCACUAUCCUCAAGGGUGCGGUGCUGUUCGGGCAGGCGCCGGGCGUGGUGCGGGUGCGCCGCUCGCCACUCACAUACGGUGUGGGCGUGCUCAACCGCUUCGUGGCGGGGCGCCAUCCGCCAGACAAGCUGCUGGUCCGAGACGGCCGCCGCUGGUGCACCGACGUCUUCGAGCGCUUCGUGGCGGCCGAGCAGUCGGUAGCCCUGGGCGAAGAGGUGCGGCGCAGCUACUGCCCGGCGCGCCCUGGCCAGCGGCGCGUGCUCAUCAACCUGUACUGCUGCGCCGCUGAGGACGCGAGCUUCAUCACCGACCCCGGGGUGCGCAAGUGCGGCGCACUGAGCCUGGAGCUGGAGCCUGCGCCUGCAGACGGCGGCCCCGACGCCGCGGGCGCGCCCGCCGGCCGCCGUGAGAUCCGUGCCGCCAUGCAAUUUGGCGACACCGAGAUUAAGGUCACUGCUGUCGACGUCAGCACCAAUCGCUCAGUGCGCGCUGCCAUCGACUUUCUUUCCAAUUGAGGGCGCGCUGGCGUGAUGUCAGCCCCACUCUGCCCGUCCCCGCCUUUUGGUCCCGGGCUCUGGGGAGCCGGUAGGGGUGGAAGAUGGGGGAUGGACAAUCGUCCUUGUUCUGAUGUCAGAACCCCUUACCCCUUUCCCUGCCCGGGGAGAUGAGGUCGCAGGUGGGUGGAUAGGGACAGAUCCAGAAACUCUGGCUUUGGGAUUGGGCCCUGGUUCGCUGACUGUAAGGCUGAAGGGCCCUGCCAAGGACUGAGGUCAAGGAGACUCGGCGUACACAGGGAACACGUGACUCGGAAGGCAGCAUGCACCAAAAGAUUGGGCCCUGGCCUGAACUGGGGGUGGGAUGGGAGUGGGGGUGGAGGCAGUUGGGAGGGAGAGGCCAAGCAAGGCCACUACAGGAGGGGCAGUAGCAGGUGGUUUUAAAUGAACUGAAGUAUCUGGGACUGAAGGGCCAGUGCACUGAUUGUGGGCUCAGCCCACACAGGCAGGCGGGCAGAGCAACCCUGUGCCACAGAAAAAUGACUGGAAGCAGACACAAGAGGGACAUGGAUAGUAGGACCUUCCUGGACCUGGUGCUGACCACCCAAGUAUGACUGUUAACUGUAGACAGGGCAGCUGCAGGCUAGUGAGCAUACAGGGUGAAGGCACUUAUGAAGGGAUGUGGGGGUAGCAUGCUGGGGGAUGGGCUUUCCUUCAGGAGAGAUGAUCCACUCAAACCCUAUCCCAGCGACAGAAAGGGGGCAGUAGGGAGGACAGAGAACAAUGAGGACUGGUCUCAACUUAAGUGUGCCAUUAUGCCCGCCCACGACAUGCAACAGCCCUCCCUGCUCAAGAACACUAAGGUGGCAAUAAAGCAUUUAUG